AUGUCAGCUAUUCCUACUCUCGUCGAAAGGGAUAAGGAGUACUAUGCCCUUGACUUCGGCAGUAAUCUACCUCCCGGGACGGAUACGGUGGAUCAGCUUCACAAUAAUCAGAGACAGCCAAGACCCCCGUCCCAGCCUCAGAGACCCGUGCCAGAGUGGCCCUCUGAGGAGGAACGGAAAGGGAAAUGGAUUUCAGCGUAUCUUGACACACUUGACCCUGAGACUGAAUACGACCAAAUCAUCAAAACCGCGAACUUCUUUUCCGGCAACACAUUUGCGGUUGCAAUGGGAUACUGCUCCACGUUUGUGAUGCUGACGCAGCCUCCUGGGGGUGCUGCGGCAAUUCACUUUGGGGCCAGAGCAUUCAAGCGCCCCCAUCGACGGUUUUACGAGACAGCAGACCAGCUCCUAGAUUGGAUGUGGUACGGCAGUGCGUCCGAGGAGACAAAACGAGGAAUCGAGGCCGUAAACAGGCUACACAAAACCAUUUGGAAGAACACCCCAGGAGCCUUCAGCAACCCUCCAGAAGGCCAGAUGUCCGUGAUUGGGUCAGCGGUGUUUGAGACGUAUCUCCGAAAGCUUGUUGGGGCGAAGAAUCGGGAACCUCAUCCUCACGUUGCAGCUGCGUGGCCUGCAUGGGCGGAAAGGGUUUUGGCGCAAUUUCGAACGGAACCGGCAGACGGGAGCCGCAGCUUUGGAGUCAACUUUCCGAGAACAUGGGACGAACUUGAAGGCUUUUAUCGCUGGUUUCAGGAAUUGCCUUUCGACAAAUUGACAAAUUCGGAAGAUAGACAGAAAGGCCACGCCAUCGCUGAGGCUUUCGUAACACAGUUCAGCACACUGUGGUUUCCCAAACAUCUUCACUGGUUUGGCCGUCAGAUGCUCCUGACGGUUCUUGCUCCCAAAGUCCGUGAACAGCAAAACAUCGGUCACCCGAACCCUGUGCUUGAACGUUUGAUUAAGCUUGGGUUGAAGAUACAAUUUGACUUGAUUGACAUAAUGCCAGACCCGGUCAAGCCAAUGCUCUUUGAGGAGUACCAGGCCGUUAAAAAGUGGGGUUGGGGGCAAAUAGAUGCCGACGUCACUCGGCAAUGGGAGCGCAAGGGUCGGGUAAUCGAUUUCUGUCUAGGAGUGGUUGUACUUUUGUGGGCUGUUAUGUUUCUCUGGUACAACAUCGCCAAAGGCAGUCUUCAUUUGGCCGGCCUCCUUCAUCGGCCGGAGACAGCCUCAGCCAAGGCUCCAGGUCUCGUCGUCGUUCACCCUGGCGGCGGCGUCAAGGAGCAAACAGCCAGCCUCUAUGCGGAGCGUAUGUCUCAGCAGGGGUUCGUGUCUGUUGCCUUCGACGCGCUGUACCAAGGGCAGUCUGAGGGCAGCCCUCACUACCUAGAAGACCCGGGCUCCAGGGUUUCUGACGUCUCCGCUGUCGUGGAUUACUUGCAAACUCUCGAUUAUGUCGAUUCAGGUGCCAUCGCAGUUCUCGGAAUCUGCGCGGGCGGCGGGUACGGAAUUGCCGCAGCAGCUACUGAUCACCGCAUCAAGGCAGUAGCUGCAAUCAGCCUAAACCGCAUGCACCCCGCUUCUAUCCCUCUGAUUUACCGUUUCGACGCCUGGCACCUGGCAGACCAGCUUCUCUCGCAGCCAACCAUACUGAUCGCCGGGGAGGAUGCCGAUAGCCGCUGGGGGACCGACGAUGUUUACGACAAGAUCAAGAAUACCAACCCCAAUGCAGUAAAGAUCUUGGUUCCAGGCGGGCGCCACAUGGAUUUCUACGACUUGGAACCUUACGUCGCUCCCUCGGUUGCAAAUGUGACCGACUUCUUCAAGACCCACCUGAACCUCACUUCCCAACGACAAUUCAUGUCGUUCACCAAGACUUACCACCACAAACCAUACGACCUGAUCUCUCCCUCUCGACCUGAGCUCUCAGCAGCUGGCAAGAAUGUCGUGAUUACUGGAGGCGGCACCAGCAUAGGUAAAUCGAUCGCCCUUUCUUUCGCUAAGGCCGGUGCGAGCUCCGUCUCUAUUCUCGGCCGACGGCUCGACCGUCUUGAGAUCGCUGUCGCAGAUAUCCGCAGCGCCGCCAAACCUGGAACUCGAGUUCUUUGCAAGAAAGCGGAUCUCUCAAUUUGCGAUGAAGCUCGUGUGGCCAUUGACGAGAUUUCGCUAGUGGUCGGAGAUAUACACAUCUUUGUUUCCAAUGCUGGGUUCUUCCCGAAAGUUGGCGGUGUCGUCCACCAAGCAGCGGAAGACUACCUGGAGGGUUUCAAGCUCAACGUUAUCACCACGCUGCAUGCCUUGCAAGCCUUUGUCCCCCACGCAGCCCAAGGCGCCAUAGUGCUGAAUAUUUCGACAUCUUUAGCCCACAUUAAACCGUGGGCAGGACUCUCGGGCUACUGCGUUACCAAAGCAGCAAAUCUCAAGCUGGUGGACUUUUUCGCGGCGGAGAAUACUGAGAUUCACGUUGUAAACGUUCAGCCGGGAGUCGUCGAAACCGAGCUGAGCCCCCAAGGCACUACCUUCAACACGACUGAUGAUCCGGCACUCCCUGGCCACUUUUGCGUGUGGCUAGCCUCUCCCGAAGCACGAUUUCUCAAGAACAAAUUCGUCUGGGCCAACUGGGAUGUCGAGGAGUUGAUGAGUCGGGCGGGAGAGAUCGAGUCAUCUCACCUUCUUACGUGGAUUAUUGACGGUGUUCGUAUAUGA